AUGGCAGGGCUGACCCAAGCACAGGCUGCUGAUCUUGCGAAGCUUUCGUCCGACCUCCUGUUCAUUCUUCAGGAGGCGGAUGUGUCACUGCCAAACCAGGCUCAGCUCGGUCAUCUGGAUGUUGUGUCAGUGCCUUUGUUUGCUGGCUUGGACGAGACCAGGGUCAAGGUCCGGGAAGCUUUGGCGGCGCCGUUGGAUGUCGAGGGCAAUGCAGCCAAUCGCCUGGAAAUGGCAAAACUGUUGGUGGCUUGGGAGGCUGCAAAACUUCAAGCCGAGGCCACGCAGCGCAACCGGGCGGAGGCUCGUCUUGGGACGCAACAGCGCCUGGUUCAGCCUUCGGAGCAUCAAGCCAUGAGAGCAGCGGUGGAAAGAGUUCUCGGGACCCUUCGUGACAAAGAAGUCCCCGCUAAGCAGGUCAUUGCUGCGAAAUUGGAGAUGUUGGAAUCCAACUCCCCCACCGCGGUCCUUCUUACCGAGGUGGCAUCUGUGGAAGAUGCCGAAGUGGAGUCCUUUGAGGCUAAGAUCGCCCCGGUCACCAACACCUUGAAAAUCAAGAGCGGCAAACAUAGCGUUGCUGCGCCCUCCACUCCGGAGGAUUUGCGCCUGAGGCAUAGGCGCAUCGGCUUAGCUUGGGACAUGCAGGCGACUAAGCAUUCCAACAGGGCUUGGUUGUCACCGAACAUGAAUGACUGCAUGCGACGGUUUUCUGAUUUUAUUCUGGGCACGCAAGUUGCGGGUCUGGUGGCAGGCAGCAGAGUACCUUCCUGGAGCCUUGUUUUGGCAUUUGAGCACGAGUGCCGAAAGGCAGUAUGCAAAUGGCUUCGAGAUGGCAAGGUUAACACCCUGGCGGAUGGCUAUGAGAAAGCCCUUUCGGAUGUGGAGUUGCUCAAUCGUUACUUUGUCAUCCCCUUUUCUCUGAAUACCAAAGAGACUGGUUGGGCGGCGAGCAACGUGCCUCCGCCUCCCACACCGGGAGAUGGUCCGGGGCGCCCUCGUAAGGGAGGCCGCAAGGGGAAAACCAAGAAUCAAGAUACCUCCACGGCGGCCAAGGGCAAGCUUACCAAGGCUACAGAUGGCACGCUCAUCUGUUGGAAGUUCAAUCGCCGUGGCAGUUGCCAGGAGUUGGCACAGGCUGCCUCUGUCACAAUACAGGUGGAAGAGUUUGACCUCGUGCGUGGACAUGAUUUACUUGCGGAUGAAAUUUGGCUGCCCCUCCUUAGGUUUUCCCUGGCUUCGGGGCUCGACAAGGUUCGGGCGCAGACGGGCACCGAGCUCGUCAAGCGCUGUCUUCAGAUGGUGGCAGUGGCACAUGAAGCCAAGGUGCAUUGGCUUUGGGAACAUCCAGAGGACCUCGGGCCUACACCUCGGGGAUUACCGAAAACCUACGAGGCUGGCUGGCACGUGGGCCAACUUGCCAGCGUUGCCUCGGGCCGUUUUCGUACGAAGCCUACGGCUGCUUAUGGGCCGGCGCUCUGCAAGGCUUUGGCCGAGUCCAUGUUGGCCACCACGCCCUCUUCUUCGUCGGUCUCCUCGGGGCGGUGGGUCGCUACAGAUGAGGCCGUGGAUGGAGCAAUUUUCUCGAGUGGCGAUCCGGAGACUGCCGCGGGUCUCUUGUUGCAACAAGGUGCCUCUGUUUCUUUCAGUACUCUUUUGAGGCUGUUUGAGUUGCUUCCGGGCGCGGUUCCGGCUCGGGGAGAGGUUGCUUCUAGGAACCUUCAGACUUCACCACACAAGGACUCUGGCAAUCAAGCUGGCUGUGAAAAUCUGGUGGCGGCCCUCUCUGGCUUCAAUCAAGGCGUGGUUCUGGAGAUCCCCCCUGGCGGUCAUAUCAGGUUUGACCCUCGCCAGCUGCGUUGCACAAUGCCAUGGUCGGGUGGCGACCGUACAGUUCUGGUAGCAUAUACGCCUUUCUGUGGACCGUCGCUGAAGGAGGACGAUCGUGCCACGCUCAUGGGGUUGGGCUUUCGGCUAUCGGUGGCGUCUUUUCCCUCGGAACCGGUUUCUACGCCGCCGUCUAGAGAGGCCAAGUCUUCUACUAGAAAACGUGCUGCCGAUGGGACGGCUCUCUGGGAUGACAGCGGCGAUGGUACUUCGGCAAAGUCUUCCGCUAGAAAACAUCCAUCCGAUGGGGCGGCUCUCUGGGUGGACAACGGCGAUGGUACUUCAGCGAAGUCUUCUGCUAGAAAACAUCCAUCCGAUGGGGCGGCUCUCUGGGAUGACAACGGCGAUGGUUCUUCGGAGUGGUGGCAGUCAUCACGUCAGUCAGGACACUGGAUACAGGACCCAGAACGCUCUACGUCUGAGGAGGACGAAGAUGGUUAUCCGGUGGCACCACGUGGGUCUGGCAAGCUAGGUUGGGGUCCAGCUUUGGCCACUCGUGCGGGAGGCAAAACUAAGCUCUACAGCGAUGGGCACGGUCUGGCUUCUCCAGGGAGGUGGCCUCCUCACGCCAGGCCAUGCGCUGAUCACGAUCCUGAGCUUGUUUUCCACAGGUCGCUCAUGGAUCAGCUUCUGCAUUUCAUCGCGGACAACAUCGAUUACAAGAGGGUGGUGUGCUUUCUUGCGACGGGCAAAUGUACGACUUCACCUUUUUCGGAUGCUGUGAUGGAUCAGGCUCGGCAGUUGGUCUUCAAGUUCAUUCGGGAUCAGGGCUCAACUGCUCCGCUUGAGACGAUUCCGGAGAGACAGCCUUUUUAUCUUCAUGCGAUUUCCGAAGUGCUACGCUUGGCCAACGAUCCUGAUUGGAGGCAAUACACUGUUGCUACACAUUCGUUCGCCAAUGGAGUUCCCUUAGGUGUUGAUCAUCGAAUGGCAAGGUGUCCGGCGCUCUUCGAGAGGAAAAGGCGGCAUCGUGACUUUGAGGGGCUCAGGGCUCAUGAGUGCGAAGAGCUCAGGGACAACUAUCGUUCAGCGGAUGGUUUUGAAGACAAAAUUGAGUCUCAGUUCGACAAGGAGAUCGGAUUGGGGGCAAUGAUCAAGCUAGAUCUGUCUGAGGCACAGCGGCGCUUCGGACAAGAUUUACCCAUCGCAUCCUUGGGAUGCAUCCCCAAGGCUGGAUGGGCAAGCUUGACCUUGCAUUCUCUUCCCUACGUGACCUUCAGCCUGAGCGGCGACAUCUCGCGGGCCCACGGUUAUCCAAGGUCCGUGAACAGGUGGUUCUCCGAAAAGAUUGAUCACGUCAAGUUUCCGGUUUUCUUCAUGGCUGGGAAUGCUUUCAUCACCUCUCGGUGGAUGACGACUUCGUUCCCGCUCAAUGCGGUGUUGAUGGAGGUCGCGGCCUUCCUACUGCAAAGGUCUCUGCAUCUCGAGCUUCAUUGGGCACCAAGGCUGCAGAACGCAUUGGCUGAUGCUUUGACGAAUCAGCAGUAUGAUGCCUUUGAUCCCAAGCUGCGUUUGAGAUUCGAUUUCAGCAGAUAUCGCUCCAUCAUUCUUAAAGAUCUCAUGGAUGCUGGAGUUUCGCUGUAUGGCGAUAUCAAGGAGUACAAAGAGAAGUGGCAGGGCAAGAGAGCAGCGAAGUUGCGAAAGGGAGAGCGCUUACGUGAGGCCAAGCACAAUGGCGACUACGAGUCUAAGCCUGCUUCGGUUUUCGACCGUGUGGCCAUGAAGGCUCGCACCCGGUACGAUAACGAGGCUACCCAGUUUCAGGAGGUUUUCUGGCUGGAGGCCCUCACGGAGCUCAACUCCGCCGGGGUUUACAAGUGCCAGAAGGACCUGCUCUACGACUACCUACACAAGAUUGGGUCCUUUCUCUGCGACGAAGUGUCGCGAGACCGGCGCUUUUGGCCGUUGCGGCCAUCCCCUGGCGUGAAGCAGGAGUUCCGAGGUGUGGAAAUCUGGUCUGAAGCCACGCUCGUCGCGCGUGAGACUACACUUCGCAAGGACGCGAACAAGGCCUUGGAGUCCCAUCACGCUACCAGCGAGGCUGAGCCCACGCGUUCCCCAAAAACCCCAAAAAACAAGAAAAAUGAGAGUGGGAACGGUGGGGCGGACGCCACGCGUACGCAGUCGGUGGGACUUCCCAGUGGCACUGGGGAUCGCUGCAAACACUGCAACAAUCCCGGGCACAUCAUUUCGCUUUGCCCGAGGAAAGCGGCAGAAAAGCGCGGCGAAUCGGAGGCUCUCGCGGAAUUCGGCCGGACCGGUGCUGUUUGCAAUCUCUGCGCGGCCGUGGGGAUUAAAGACGGCUCGCAUCGGCCUAGGCACCACACCCUGGCGGCUCAAGACCAGUACGCUACCGGUGGCUCUGCACCGAGUGGCGGCAAGGGUGGCGGUGGAGGCGGAGGGAAUGCUAAGGGCAAGGACAAGGGAGGCAAGGGAGGUAAAGGCAAGGGCGGAGCUAAUUCCGGCGAGAAGCAGCCGUGCCGUCUCUUCGCCCAGCGACGCUGCACUUACGGCGAUAAAUGUAAGUUCGCUCAUGUCAAGGAUGCUGCAAACACGCAGCAGGAUACCUCCCAAGCUCUCACGGCCAAGGAAAAGAAAGCUGCAAAGAAGAAGGAGAAGGGAAAGGCAAAGAGAGGGGCCUCGGGCUCUGACGAAAGGGUGUAUCCGCUGUUUGAGGUUUCCUCGGGGACUUCUCCGGGUGAGACCGGUGCAGUGGUUUAUGACUCUGCGCUGCAGGUGGCUGAGCCGGCCACCAAGCAGUGGCGUCACUGGCCUGGGUCUCUGGCAAAGGUUCCGAAGGACCUUAAGACGGUGGCUUCUGCCCCGUCGCCGGGCUACAAUGCUCAGACGCGUACCAGCUGCGCCGGUGUGGAGCUCGUGAUUCUGUUGGAUUCUGGAGCGACUUGUGGGUCUUUGCCCGAAUGGUUGUUCGCAGAAAUCUACGAGCGCACCGCCGCGGAUGUGGCGAAGGGGAAGUACACGUGGACUGAUCGGAGCUGCCCGAUUCGAGAGAUAGGAGAUUUCUCGAAGGACCCUCAGAGCAUGCUGGGGUUCAAAAGGGGCACUGCUAUCGAGACGAAGUUCUACGUGAUACUCCGCCUCGUGUUCACCCCAGUGGGGAGAGGCGGGCCGCAGCACGGGCUACAACACCGCGUGGCUGACGUUGGACACCGGUUCGACAAGUUGGGCCUGACUCUGCCCCGUUUGGAACUCGAACGAGAGACGUUCCUCAUCAAUGGAACGGAGUUGCGGGUCGAGUCGAGCCUGCGUCCGGCGUUGGAAACCGAGGUUAGCCUCGAGAGCAACCAGUCCGCGGUUGUACCGGUCACUUGGAUCGGGGAGCCGAACGGAGUGGCUCGCGUCAUCCCUGUGGAUGAGGGCCCGGAUGUGGCCUUUGGACACUUUGAUCCCGACCUGUCUCGGGAGGGGAUGGUUGUUUUGCACAAUGGUGGCCCGCUCGCUAGGCAGUGGGAGGCCGGCGACGUGGUUGCAGCCGGAAAGGCGGUUUUGAAAGACCCGUCGCGCUGUGCGAUGAGUAGCGAGUGUCAGGCGGAAAGCCUUUCGGCGGAUGUCCUGCGUGUGGACUCCUGCCCGACAGUAAUCACACUAGUUCGGCCCUCUUGCGGGCUCGAGACACGGUUGAGCGUUUUGCGGAACGGUUGGUUCGGGAGCAAGACUUCUCGGUACCGUCGUUCCACCUUUUCUGCAAAGAGUUGCGUGCUGCAUGGUGCCUUGAACCAUGGUCAGUUGCGCGGCUCUAGCCGGCGCGAGGCAGCGAAAGCUGUAGAGCCUCGCCUCGUGCUUGGCAGCUUUCGGCGUGGGGGCGUGGUUGGUACCGCGACCGCGACGAGGCAUUGGCCGCAGACGGCGACCUACCUGAACGGGAUUUUAAAGGGUCGUUGUGAAGCUGCGGGUGUUGCUACCGAGUCGUGGAAUGCCCUGGCCAUUUCGCUUGCCGGUGACAUGCCGCUUCACCGCGACUCGAACAACCGUCGCGGGUCGCACAACUUCCUGUUCUGCACCGGGAAGUACACCGGCGGAGAGCUCUGGGUUCAGGAGGAUGCGGCGGUGUCAACACAGCAUCGCCUGCAGCCGUGCAGCUGGACUGAUGGCGAAAAUCCUGAAGGCAUCCCAGGGUUCAAAGUACCCACUAAGGGCGCAUUGAUUAAGUUCGAUGUGCGGGUCCGGCAUGGAGUGCUGCCGCACACUGGGGAGCGCCAGCGCACCUCCGUUGUGGCGUACUCCGUCUACUUGCUGGAGCGA